AUGGACACGUCGUGCAUUUUCAAAUUAACAAAGAUAUGUCACCUUUCAGCUCAAGUGGAUUUUUUUUUUCAGUUCGAAGAGGAGCAAUUCGAAAAUAUACCAGAUUUGGUGACAUUUUAUCAGGCAUAUAACAAGCCAAUCACUCGGACUAGUGGUUGCAUUAUAAAAAAUCCCGUACCUAAUACGACAUUUUUCGCAACUUACAAUUUUAAGCCACAAUUUCAAAUUGAUCAAAAAUAUAUGAAAGUCCUCCGACCACGAAUGCUUAAAUCUGGUCAGAGCGAUCGUUGACUCAAAAGGUUCUAUUAAACGAAACACGAAAACAGUUACAGUUAAAAGCAGGGCAGCCAUCAUCACCUGCUUCACUGGUACCAUCUAACGAUAAACAUUUCUCGUUAUCGGAUUUACUCAGUCGACCAUUACCAAGACCAAUUCGAUCACCUGUUGAGGAAGAUCAAAAUGAAUACUCUGAAAUAGAUUACGAUGCUAUGGAAAAGGCGACGAUUGCAGCGUCGACCGUUCCAGAAGUUGUAAGCCCGUCAAGGUCAAAGUUGUGUUAUCUGCAGGAUCACAAAUUGUCACUCACCUCAUUAAAUUCAGCAGGCAGCGAGCUGACAGAUUCAAAUAGCGCAUUAUCGUCAGGCACAUCUGUGUCUUGCAUUGAAAUCAGCAAUCUGCAUUGGCGUAUGCCAGGUAACCACGACUAUGAUCGACCAAGGGCAUGUGGGGCCAUAUCCGCUAUCAAUUUGCAUAAUUAUCAGUCACCGUUUAUCGAACCCAAUAAUAAACCCCAAACAGAAGAGCUAUUGGAAAAAUUCAGACAGCUGCUGUUAACGAAGAAACCGGAAAGUUGCGCUCAGCUAAUAACUACUGAAGAUUAUCGAUUACUAAGACUUGGAAAAAACUUGCGGGCACCAAUCAAGGAAGCAACGAAAUUCGAACAGUUAAAUGGAUUGUUACUUAUUUUGUUGCCACAUGGAGAAAAUGUGCGGAAUGAUCUCCUGGAAAGGUUGAUUGAUUCACUUGAACAUUUUCAUAUCAUAUUAGACAGCGUUCGUUGCAUUAUUUGUGCAUUUUGUCCAUAUUGUACCAGGCCCAAUGUACUCAACGUUGGGUCAUAUAUAACGCUUGGGUGCAAAUUGCUCGUGCCUUACUUUAUCAGUUUGGAAUGCAUUUUCCUUCCUUACGCUUCUCGACGCAUUAUGUUCAGAGCUCGUAAAAUCUGUUCUUUCCGAAGAGUACACGUGGACAUUGCAGCAAGAGCUGGAAUUGGUAGCAUACAGAUUGCACCGGUGUGA